AUGGCCAGACACGGCGACCAAACUGGUGGCAUCGUGGCUUGUCAUGAGGAGAAGACAGAUGGUGGCACAUCUCUUGGUUCCUCUGCAGCCAAAUCCCUCUCCAUACCAGCAGUAGAUUCACUGCCGCAUCCAGACCAACCCACCCUGGUAGAGCAAGUGAAACGAGUAAAGGAAAUUGAAGCUAUUGAAAGUGACUCCUUUGUUCCACAGACAUUCAGAUCAAGUAAAGAAGUCAAAAAGUCCACAGAGCCUGCUGACCCACAGUAUGAGCCUGUAACCACUGGAGCAGGAGCUGCUGAUGCAUCUGCUCCCGAAAAAGAAGCCCCAGCUGCCAACAUCCCCACUGCCAUCAAAUACCAAGAUGAUAAUUCUUUAGCACAUCCCAAUCUGUUUAUUGAGAAGGCAGAGGCAGAAGAGAAGUGGUUUCAGAGGCUGAUGGCCCUUCGGCAGGAGAGGCUGAUGGGCAGCCCGGUGGCCUGA